CAAAAAUGAAAAAAAACAAUAAAUAAGUAUCUGCAAAAACAAAGUAUCUAAAAAAGAAAAAGGAAAUGCCAAGUGGAGUUGAUGAUUUAGCAACUCAUGAGGAAAAUGAUAUAGUUUAAUUUGCUUAAACUAAAUAACAGCAGAACAAUAAAUUCUAAUAAAUCUAAUUAAAACCAACUGAUCUAAGUUCAAGUGAUGAAGAAGUUGAUGUUUAAAAUAAAGAUGAUCCUGAUGAACAAUCUCGAUUUGUUUUAGGUUUGAUCUAAAAAAAUGUAUUAUUUUAAGUAUUUUUAAUAGAGAGUGAAUGAAAAAAAUUCAUUUGAUAUUCCAAUGAUUAAUAUAAGAGAUCUAAAUGCUUUUAAAUGUAUUUAUUAUAAUUAUUGUAGAAAUUGAAUAAGGAGAUGCUUGGAAACAUAUUUCAGCAUCUCUAGAUGCAGGAUCAAAAAUAUAUGGUUUUAGAGUAGAUUUGGUUCAUUAAAAUACCUUUAAAGUCUUAGGUGGUUUACAUAGAACAUAAAUACCUGAUAAAUAAAAUUAAGAUGUUGAAUAAGAAUUUGAAUAAGAGUAAUUGAGAAAAAAGAAAUUAUAAAAUACAGGAGGUGAAAAUACUUUAGAAAAGAAUUAAUCAAAUAUUGAUACAAAUAAAUAUGAUUUAGAAUUUGAAAUAGAUCCUUUAUUUUAAUAAACUUCUGCUAAAUUCGAUGAAGCUGGUGCUAAAGGACUUUUAAUGAAUAAUUUAACUAUUAAUGAAAAUUUAAUGCUUGCCUUAGAUUCAGAAGCUUUACCUAUUAAACCAGUUUAAAGUAUUAUAAAUAUCGAAAGUAUAAGAUAUAUUUAAACUAGAAUAUAAAUCAAUGCUUAAAAAUCUUAAUAACUAAAGACUUUGUCCAGAAUUAACAGAAUUUAGAGAGAAUAUCUUUUAAAAAGGAUAAAAAUUAGUUGAUUUUAAAUAAGAACAAUCAUUUAUGGCUAUAAUGAAUCCAGUUGGAAUGAAUAUGGAUUUUCAAAUAGAAGAUUAAUAAUAUGAAAAUAUGCCAGAAGAAAUGAAUAUUGAUGAACAAGUUUCAAUUAAUUCUGAAAAUCAAAAUAAUCGUUAAUCAAUAUUCUAAUAAUAAUAAUAAUAAGGUCAACAAUUUUAAUAUAAUAAAUUUAAUAUUCUUAAUUUUGAAUAAGCUGCAGCCAAUAUUGGAACUGGUAAGGUCUUUGAAAAUGAAAAAGAAUAAGUUGCUUGGAUGGCACUUGAUAUGAAUUUAUAACCAAAAAAAAAAAUAACUAAUGUUUAAGUUAAUGAAAAAUCUAAAAAAAAUAAAUCAAAAAAAAAGAAUGGCCUUUUCUUUACUUUUGGUGAUGAUGAAGAUGAAGAUGAAGAAUUAGAUAGAAAAACUAUUUUACAACCUAAAGAAAAGGAAAAUUAUUGUAUUAAUAAAGAUCCAUUAAAAUAAUUAAACCUUUUACCUAAAUCAUAUUAAAUUGAUAGACAAGAGUAUAUUAUUUUUAUUUAAUUUUUAGUUUAUAUCAUCCCUUUUAAAUAUCCAAGAUUCCUCAAUGGGGUGAAGAAAUAGUUGAAGAAGGAUAAAUAUAAAAUGAAAAUUAUGAUUAUGGUGCUGUUGAUGAUGAAUUCCCAUAAUAGUUACAAUAAAAUAUGGGAAUAGGAUCUCAAUUAAGAAAUAAUCCAAAUGCUAGAUUAAACAUUCCUAUUAAAGAACUUAAAAGUUAAGUCUGGUCAACUUUAUCAAAGAAGAUACCUGUAUUUAAAUUAAAUUUAAUACUAGUUAUCAACAGAUAAUCAAGGAUUAGAAUUUAAUUAGAUUAAUUAAAUUUUACCUGAAAUAUUAAAAAUGCCUACAUCUAAAGGUAGAGUUUCUAUUUAAACCUGCUUUGUCACUAUGUUACAUUUGGCAAAUGAGUAGAGUUUGAAAUUCAUUUAAAAUAAUGAUGAAAAUGAUUUUGUAAUUUAACGUGAAGCAUCAAAAUGAAU